AUGAAUUGCGAUCGGUCGAGUGUUGGGUGGCGCAUGUCGGUUUCGAGUGACUCGGGGCACAGCCGACGACGCUCGCACAUGUUGCGGAACGUGCAGGCGGCCGCGGGGCGCGCGGCGCGGGGGGGCGGGAGCGCCAGGGACGGCGUCAGGCCACCACACACACACACACCGGCCCAGCGGCACGCACACGCGCGCACCAGCCACACGACGCCCGCGCCCGAAGAGCGUCAUUGCGCCUUAUCG